AUGGCGGAGCCGGUCAUACGGUCAAGGACAAACCUCUUCUUUUCAUAUAGGGAUUCAGUAGCACGGUCAUCUCGGUCACGAAGACGAAUUCAGGAGCUGGAUGAGCACUAUGGCGCACGAGAGGACAUGGCGGAUGACGAGAGGGAGGGGCUGAUUGGGCUGGGUGAUCGACGGCAUGUAGCACUCGACAUGGAGACAUUACCUCCGAAGUGGGUAGAUGUUUCUGAUCAGGUCGAGGACACCCUUCGAGACACCGCCAAAAAGAUAACCGAGCUGGACAAAUUGCAAGCAAAGCAUGUUCUUCCAGGGUUUGUCGACCGAAGCGCUGAAGAACGGGAGAUUGAAGCGUUAAGUACAGAUAUCACACGAGAUUUCAGACGAUGUCAUAGUCUUAUCCAACGUAUAUCACAAGCCGGUGCAUCUCACACAUUCCCUCCAACUGCUGCAAGGCAACAAGAGCAGCGCAUGGCAGUCAAUGUACAACGAGGUUUGGCCGCAAAAGUCCAGGACCUCAGCGCCACCUUUCGAAAGAAGCAACGUGUCUACAUGCAGAAACUCCAAGGGCAUGCAAUCAAAAACCAAGAUUUACUGGUCGCUUCGGGCGCAAUAUCGUUAAAGGGAGCCGAAAGCAUGACAGCAGUGGAAGAUGAUCUUCAAGCGUCUCGUUCGCAACUGUCCGGAGAAUCCCAGGUGCAGGCAAUUGCAGCCCCAGACCUGGACAUUGCCCAACGAGAUCGAGAAUUAACAGAACUUGCAAAGUCAAUUGGCGCUCUCGCCGAACUCUUCAAGGACUUGUCUACUCUCGUAAUCGAUCAGGGCACGAUUCUGGACAGUGUGGAAUACAAUAUCGAACAAACAGCAACACAUGUGGAGGAAGCGGUCAAGGAACUAAAAGUGGCGACACAGUGCGUCCUAGAUAUUUUCAAAGAAUAA